AUGUGGUUAAAGAAAGAGUUCCUUAUAUUUGCUACUCUAUUUUACUGUUUUUGGCUCGUUGAUGGUUGCUAUGAAGGUGAAAGAGCAGCACUAAUGAGCUUCAAAUCGUUGCUGACUGAUCCAUCUAAUCGGUUAUAUUCAUGGAAAGGCAAAAAUUGUUGCAGUUGGAAAGGAAUCAAAUGCUCGAGUUCAGGUCAUGUUGUAGUUGUAGACCUCUGGAAUCCUCAUCCGAUUGAAGUCAAGAUCAAUAUCAAUAAGGAAGUUGUUUCAAAUUCUAAAAACACGUCCGAUUUUGCCCUUAGAGGUACUAUAUCUCCAUUGCUCUUCACACUUGAUCGUAUCCAACAUCUCGACCUGAGUUACAACAACUUCAUGUUCUCAAAGUACCUGCUGAGAUAUCGAACUUAA